GGAAGUCCCGCCUCCCUGGAGCAGCGCAUCCGGCUCCGGCUCCCAGGCUAGUGGUGACUGAGCGAUCGCAGCCGGGAGGCGGAGGAGCUGCGAUGGUGCUGCUGGAGAGCGAGCAGUUCCUGACGGAGCUGACCAGGCUCUUCCAGAAGUGCCGGUCGUCGGGGAGCGUGUUCAUCACCCUAAAGAAAUAUGAUGGUCGGACUAAACCCAUUCCACGGAAAGGGUCUGUGGAAGGCUUUGAGCCUUCAGACAAUAAGUGUUUGUUAAGAGCUACUGAUGGGAAAAAGAAGAUCAGCACUGUGGUGAGCUCUAAAGAAGUGAAUAAAUUCCAGAUGGCCUAUUCUAACUUGCUGAGAGCCAAUAUGGAUGGGCUAAAGAAGAGAGACAAGAAGAGCAAGAACAAGAAGAGCAAAGCAACACAGUGA